GGAGUGCGCGGUGUGCUUAUAGGUCUGCGUGACGGGGGUGCAUGUUGAUGAAAACGGACGGCUGGAACUGUCACGAGCUUUUACGCCACCGAUUGCGUCAUAUGCCGGCAAUUCGCUUGGUGGCUGACCCUAGGCUUAGCUACCCGUUCGCGCUCUUCAAGCUUUGAAUGGGAAACUCAAGGCCAUGGAAAAGAACGUACUGGAUCGAAGCGGGAGCUGCAUGUGACAUUGGAGUAGGUGAGCUCGAUGCCACACCUGAUUGCACACCACCAAUGGCGGCAUUAAGCCCAAGUUCAUUUGCUACCGUCGUUCAAGAUGUUGCACGUACCUUUGGAAAUGCAUGGGAGGCGACAUUGAAGUCUUGCUCUCCUGGGGAAGCUGGCCGAAUUGAGAUUGAUGAAUAUCGAAUUGAUGCUGUUAACAUUGAGGAUAUGGAGGAAACGGACACCACAACAAUGCAUGAAGUUGUCCCUAUGAAUCAACUGAACCAGUAUGCAGCAUUGCAUGACAAUGCACAACAAGUUGAGGUGCACUCAGAGCUGCAAAAGUAUCCUCUAUCAUCAGCAGCAUCAAGCUGUGGACAGAUACCAGCAACGAGUGUUUUCGAAGGCUACUGUGGAUUUGACGUGACUUGUGCUUCACAAACCAAGUCUACCAAAAGUGUCAGUUGGACGUAUAAUGAGAGCCGCAGGAAGCUCUUUGCGAACAUGGGUGUGGUCUGCCCGUUUCGCAUCUCUGUUACCAGGCCUCCACCAGAAGGCACAGUGGUGCGAGUGAUGGCAGUCUAUGCGCAGCCAAAUGAUGCCAUGCAUGUGGUCAAGCGCUGCCUUGUUCACAAAUCUGAAACUGACAAAGACAACCAUGACCAGAAUGCACCGUGUGACCAUCUCAUCAGGUGUGUAAACCCAACAACACGUUACCAUGAAGAUAAGGCAACUGGCCGUCACAGCAUCACUGUCCUGUAUGAGAAACCUGAAGCUGAGAUGCGGUACACGGUCUACCAUCUGCGCUUCAUGUGCCUCAGUUCAUGCAAUACAGGCAUAAACCGGCGUGGUGUCAAGCUUGUGUGGACCCUUGAGAACAAUGGCAACAUAAUUGGCAGGCAAGUCAUCGACCUCAAGUUGUGUGCCUGCCCUGGCAGAGACCGCAAAAAUGAAGAGAGGAUGACCUUUCGAGAAAUGAACAGUAGCUUGCUGGAAGGGGUAACAGGAGGCUCAGUCGCCCAUCCAGUGGCCAAUAACCCUUCUCGCCUUUCAUCCAAUAAUACCUCAUUCAACCAGACGCGUCCUCAGAAGAGAGGGUUGAUGUCUGUUGCCACUGUCAUCUCUGGAGGCAUCACUGGAGGCAUCACAGGGGCUCCUGCAAAGAUCAGGAAGACUGAACAGGAGCCAGAGGGUGAAUACAUACUAAAGUGCUCCAACAAAAAGAUCUACAACAUGCUGAAAUUCAUCCGUGACUCAAGUAUGCUGUACUCUAAAAUGAAUCCGAAUGCCUGGAAGCGCACUGUCCGUAGUAUGCACGGUGAUAAGCACGUGUCUGUAAAAUCGGAGCCAAAGGACAAUCCCAGUUCAGGCGAAUCGCAGGAGUGAUUUGCUUGCUGCUUGCUGCUUUCUUUACCUUGCCUCUCAACACUUUUUUUUUUUCUGUUUUCCUUUCCAUUAUUAACCAAAAACUUCAUAUUGUGACAUUCCUCGCCAUGCUCAUUGCUUUUCUUUUUGUGUUCGCUUUGUUGGUCUCUGCAGAAAGCGCAUGCUGUCUUGCUAACUGAGUAAUUCAGUGUUACUGACUCGUUAGCUUACUUGCUAUCCGUUACUGGUCACACAUUGUGAUUUCUCCGGCCUUGGUAAUUUAUUCUCAUGUUACAUCUCGCCGCACUCAGUUUUACGUCUCCCAUUUAUAUCAUUGCCACUUUCUCAUUCACUGCCACAAUUUGCUCAUUCAAUGUACUGUGCGCCAAAGUAGGAUUGUCAUUACGUAUGAUAGCACGGGCUGGUGCUGGGACCACGUGCCAUUUGUGGAGAAUGCUCGGAAAGGAAUAUUUUUAUAUAUUGUUUUAUUGUGCACUGGUUGAUGAAGCAUACACGUAGGAGAAGCUGGGGUCAUGCAUUUAUAUGCUGUGAGGUAUUUAAAUUGAUACAUACAUGUGUUCUGACACUGAAUGUAGAAAUAUUUUUGGUGUUGGAGCUUGAAAGAGCAUCAUGUUGAAGCAACUUCUGUUUCUGAAAUUUUGCUCACUUUUUUAGAUGUUUUACAUACUUUUUUUCUGGAAGGAGGUAUCAGUAAAUCCUAUUUUAGGGCUCUUUUUACCAGAGUCUCUGCAUAUCCUUCUUUUGAAAAAAAAAAAAACAGAUUCCUAAAAAUAAGCAAUCUUAGAUUUCAUGGUUGACCAUGGUUCCGGGGUAUGGGGAGUAGCAGAAAAAGUGUUCUUUGAGGUGCACAGUGCUCACGGAUUGAAAUGCAACAUCAUUUUUUGGUGGUAAAACGACUGGUGUGCAAAAUUACUGGAGUUGACUACGUCGUGUCGCAAUGUAUCUGGCCUCAUCAGGUAUUUUUGGUGCUUAUCUACAUGUUUGAGUCGAAAUUACUCCGCUGUGGUCCAUACCGGAGAGGAUGGAAACGAAAAUAUAUGCAUUCCUUAGCCCUUAAUUGUCCCACUUCAGUCUGCGAGUACUGUACAUGUGGAAGUACCACUCCUGGUUUUCUUUUGCAUUUGUUAACUUUUUUGAGCUACAUCAUCAGAAUCCUUUCUUGAAGGGCCAGUAAACAAGUUCACUGAUUCAUACAGAGAAUUCAUACAGGCUGUAGCUACCAAAUUUUGUGAAUAUCACAGUGCUGCAUGCUGGGCAGAUGUUUCAUUUCGAAAAACACUUCCCUGUGCUCCUGUCCAGUUCGCGUCACCCGCAAAAUGGCAUAAUGCUGCGCAUGGCCAAAUCGCACAGCACUGACUGGCUUUGCGCAUUGCCGAUGUUAGUGUAGUCGUGAUGAUGGGCUACACCUGCCCCUCUGCGUUGCAGAGAAGGUUGGUCAAGCCAAGAAAGAACCAAGACUAGCAAAAAUAGUGGUAUUAUUGCCUCAAACUUCAUUAUUGCACAACUUAUUUGCAAAAUUCUCACAGCAGCAUGUUCACAUUGUACAUGUGUACAGUUACCUCAUUACAAAUAGGCAACUGCACAGUUGUGUUUAUUGGCCCUUUAAAAGGACUGUUGAACUCAUGAACCGUUCAUUGUAGAAUUUGGAAAUUGUCAUUGCUUAGAUUUAUAGGGACAUUUGGGGAGCAUGUAUUCCUGUUGUUGACCUUUUGUCAUUACAAGCUAUUAUCGUCUUUUAUUUGACGUGUGCCAUCAAGUGGAAACGUAUCAAGUCAUCUGACUUGCAUGUAUGAUGUUCUCAACACCCGGUCUACCACAUGUCAGUCACUGUUCUAUAAUAUUGACAGUUAUUAGUUGUUACUACCGUAGAGCCUUAUGAGUGCAAAUGAACUCAAAAUGCCAAUGCACUGUUUUUUCUCAUGCACCGUUAUUUUUUUUUCUCCUGUUGAAAAUUUAUACAAAAAGCAAUACAUGGCAGGCACAAGUGUUCCUGUUUGCAAUCAAGUGUGUACUUAUAUGAACCUAGAGAGCAAAUGUGGGGUGUUUAUGAUUGUUUUACACUGUGCUAAAAUGAGAGGCCAAUUUAGAAAGUAGCAAUCAGCUUCUAGACUAGUAUAUUGGUAAAAUUCUUUAGUGUACAUUCAGUGGGAAUAGCUGAGGGGAACCCCCAAUUGGGAAGGAACAUUUACUAACAUUCUUUUAAUUGAGGUUGUGAAUUUGUGCCUUGUUUGGUGUCAAAUGUGAGGGCUUACAAAAACCGGACAUAAACAACGUUGAAGAAUAAAGCGAAGCAUUAUUCCCAAGUUAAUACGUGUGUAUUGAGGCCAUAUUAUCUGUUGAUCCAUUUUGUUUCCUAUUCUUUACACACUUUGUUAUUAGCUUGUACUUAGCCACCAUUGUGUACCAGCCACUAACUAAAGGCAAAAGGAAUGCAAGUUACUGUAGAUUACUUGAAUAUACAGCCUCUGGCAUCUUAUUUAAUCUUUUGUCAUUAUGUUAUCUUUAUUGCUGUUGAAUCUUCCUUAGGUGUUGUCUCGAAGGGACCAUCAACCAAUUAGGACAUACGGUUAUAUCCUAAUGGAAAUUGAAAAACACUGAGUUAUCACAACAGAAUUGAGUAUUCUUUCUGUAAAUUUUUAGGACUUGUAUAUUUAAAGUUUUUCUUUUCAAAGUUGUAAAAACUUACAUCAGGCUGCCUAAUGGACAGAGAGGCAUUGCUACUGCAUGAAGGUGACAUUUGGAUUGGUGUAAACAGUCCACAGUUGUUUAGAUGCACUGUAAUUCAUGUUUAUAGUUACAGUCUCUAUUCAGUUAGGCAUCCCCACUUUAUUCCAUGCUUAUUACAAUGUAAAAGGGGUUGAUGCUGUGAAGUAGUUUGCCUUUGCAACAACUGCUAAAACCUAGAAACCAUGUUUACUUGGACAUGUGUGUGCACAAUAUAUUGCAGCACACAAAGACCAACUGCUGCUAUAAGACCAAAGACCAACUGCUGCGUUUUGUCGAUAAGGCCCAACUAGUUUCCCGGUGGGUGAUCACUAUUGGACUCGUGUGCCACUGUGUGCAGCAUAUGUAGCG